AUGGCUAAGAACCGAGCACCCAAGAACAGAGGCAGAAAUAGGAUCGCAAACGAUGCCAACGUUACAAUCGCGAUGCCUAGAAAUCUAGGGAUAUUAAUAGCAGGAAAAAUGCAGGCACCUAGCAGAUAUGCGAACAUUGCAGGCGCAUAG